UUCAUCGUUAGCCGUCAGCGUUUCGAAUCCAAUCCAAGAGAAGUCGGGUGUCCAUGCGGCUUUUCGUUGCUGUCGCAUGAAGCUUUUCAGUUGCUAAGAGCCCGUACUUGCCGGGCGGAGUGAAUAUCGCCCCGUUUCAUCAUGGGUCGCAAAGCGGACUUUAACGAAAAGCCGAAGAAGCGACGAUCGAGGAAAUCGAAGAUCCAACCCCCGCCGGAGAUACCAAAGGCUUUGAGAGCGGAGAAGCCGCUGUCGAGGCGGGCACUGAGAAAGUUGAAGAAAAGUCAAGCCGUAAAGAAUGAACUCACAAGUAAAGUGAUCACCAAAAAGAAAGUAGAAGAAGAAGAGGACGACGACCAAUUUACAACGAAGGUCCAGUCAUUUUCCGACGACAACAAGAAAUGGCUGAAGCCAAAGGCGUCGAAGAAGCAGCUUUUGGGAUCUGAUGAUGACGACGAUGACGGCUCUGACGAUCAGCAAGAGGAUUUCGGCGAGAGCUCUGAUGAUGAUGCUGCUAUGGAUGACGAGUUCGCUGUUUCAGAAAGCGGCGAGGAUGAGGACGAAAGUGAUGACGAAGAGCUGCCCAUUGAAGCUGCAUCAAGGAAACUUCAGAAGAGACAGGAUGAAGAUAGAAAAUUAGCUGAUGAGGAGCUAAAAACAAACAUAGCUGAAUCUGAGGUCUUCACACUUCCAAGUGGACAAGAAAUCGAGAAGGAGAAGGCCGAGCCCCCUGACCUGGCCAUCAUCAGUGAAAGGAUAAAAGACGUCACAUUCGUCCUCAACGACUUUGCGAGCAGAAGGGAACCUGACAGGCCCCGUUCCGAAUAUCUGGAAAUUUUGAAACGAGACUUGUGUGAAUACUACAGCUAUAACGAGUACUUGAUGCAAAAGUUUAUGGACCUUUUCUCGCCUGCCGAGCUGAUAGAGUUUUUAGAGGCCAAUGAAGUCAACCGGCCUGUGACGAUCCGUGCCAACUCGUUGAAGACAAGGCGACGUGAUUUGGCUCAGGCUCUCAUCAACCGAGGUGUCAACUUGGAUCCCAUAGGAAAGUGGUCCAAAGUUGGACUCAUUGUCUACAACUCACAGGUCCCAGUUGGUGCCACUCCAGAGUACCUCGCCGGCCACUACGUUCUGCAGGGUGCGGCUUCCAUGCUGCCUGUCAUGGCACUCGCCCCUCAGGAGAACGAGCGAAUCCUGGACAUGUGCGCUGCUCCCGGAGGGAAGACCAGCCAUAUAGCUGCAAUCAUGAAGAACACGGGGGUCCUCUUCGCCAACGAGUUACACAAGGAACGAUGCAAGGCCAUUGUCGGCAACCUGCACAGGCUAGGCGUGAACAACACCGUUGUCUGCUCGUACGAUGGUCGCAAGUUCCCCGAGGUUGCCAAAGGAUUUGACAGAGUGCUACUGGAUGCACCAUGCAGUGGCACAGGUGUCGUGUCCAAGGACCCUGCUGUUAAAACAAAUAAGGAAGAGAAAGACAUUCUUCGCUGCUCCCAACUUCAAAAGCAGCUCAUUCUUGCUGCCAUUGACUGUGCCGACUGCAGCGACAACAAGCCGGGAUACAUUGUGUACAGCACAUGCUCAGUUAUGCCUGAGGAGAACGAAUGGGUCAUCGACUACGCCCUGAAAAAGAGGAACGUCAAGUUGGUGCCGACGGGGCUCGAUUUCGGUCGGGAAGGUCUCACCAGGUACCGUGAACACAGGUUUCAUCCGACACUGAACAAGACUCGUCGUUUCUACCCACACUCGCACAACAUGGAGGGCUUCUUCGUGGCCAAGCUGAAGAAGUUCUCCAACACCAUACCGAUGACGCCUAUCACUGAAGAAAAGGAACAAGACAAGGACAAACUGUCCGAAAAAACUUCUGCAAGCGACGAGCCCGAUUCCCAACCCGCAAAGAAGAAAGCUCGGCUGGAGAAAGACGUCAACGCAGCUUCCGACGAGCCCUCCUCCACCUCCUCUCCUGCAGUCCAGGUCAAGAAGGGCAAAAACAGGAGAAAGAACCUCAAGAGGAAGAAGAAGAAGAAGCUGCAGAAGCUACAGGCUGGUGGGGAUAAAGUGCAGAAGAAAUCGGAAAAGCCCAAUGAUGGUAGCAAGAAACACGAGGCGGGACAAAGCAGAAAGCCCCAGAGCCAGCCUGAGAAGGCACAGUCAAAGAAAAGCUCAUUCCAGAAGAAGGACGGCCCUGGAAAGACACUUCGGAAACCGAAGAGGAAAAAGUUUCCCACUGCAGACUGAAGGGGGAAAGGGAGAGAGCUGUGUAUUAAAGUUGUUAGGUUGGUGGCCUAAUUUUAAACUCGUGACAGU